GUGGACUACAAUUGAGAGACGCAGAACCCAAGCAUCAACAACCAAUAUCCCUGCCUUUCCAAGACCGAUGAUACCAAGAUGCCCGCCAUAGAUCCCGCCAUUGCGCGCGCCCUACACCUCGAUGCAGGCACUGCCCACAUUUCCGCCCACGGCGGCUCUGGCUUUGCAUCAACAUUCCGCAUCACCACGGCCACCACGGCCUUCUUCGUUAAACAGUCCCGCUCUCCGGGCGCGGACGUCAUGUUUCAGGGGGAGCAUGCCUCUCUCAACGCCAUUCACGAUGCCGUGCCCAGCCUGUGUCCAAAGUCUUUCGCCUGGGGACCAUUGGAGAAGGGAGGCGGAUACUUCCUUGCCACAGAAUUUCUGGACCUCAAUGGGCGGACAUCGUCGCGGACCAGGAGCGGAGGUGGCAGUGGCAGUGGUAGCGGAAUGUCUCUUGCCCAAAAACUCGCAAAGUUACACACGACUCCCGCCCCCGUCCCUGAAGGGCACGACGCGCCUCAGUUUGGAUUCCCGGUCACGACGUGCUGCGGGGAUACGCCUCAAGACAAUACCUUCACCUCCUCGUGGGCAGAGUUUUUCGGGAAGCGACGGCUCCUCGCAAUCCUCGAGAAGGCGGAGGAGAAUAACGGGAGAGACCCGGAGUUGCGGCGGGUUGUCGAAAGGACCGUCCACGAGGUAGUGCCCAAGCUGCUUGGGAGCAGCCAUCUGGGUGGCAAAGAGGGGAUCAAGCCGGUCGUCGUGCAUGGCGAUCUGUGGUCAGGCAAUAAAUCCAAAGGCAGCUUCGUCGGCCGCGACAAUGCGACUCCGGACAUGCCGGGACCGACGGAGGACGUGGUCUUUGACCCGUCGUCCUGUUACGCGCACAACGAGUACGACUUUGGGAUCAUGCGCAUGUUUGGCGGGUUUUCGUCGUUCUGGCAGGAGUACCACGGGCUGGUGCCCAAGACGGAGCCCGUAAGCGAAUACGAGGACCGAGUGUCGUUGUAUGAAAGUUACCAUCACCUCAACCAUUACGCAAUCUUUGGAGGCAGCUACAAGUCCGGGGCCAUGGGAAUCUUGAAGAAGCUGGUGAGAAAGCACGGCGAGCACCAAUAACUGUGGUUCAACGAUACGUGCAACGACGAUGACUCUUUCAUCUUGGUGUGCUUCUGAAACAUACAGAAGUGGGAAAUGGCGUCUCGAAAAUAUAAGACCUGCGCGGUGUUCAUAUUGUGCGAGAGACGGGUUGUGGCCCGCCAUCUAUAUACGUACCUAGGUUCAACGCAUAAUAUACUCGUAAAUCUAUGUGGA